CAACCGUCCAUACGCCAAAAAAGUCUUAUGUGGGACCUACUCUUUUGAAACGACGAGUCCACGAAGUACCAAACUGCCAAACGAGAAAGUUCAAAGAUCAGUACCUGAUCUUAUUCCGACAGUUGUUUGAGUUUUAUAUUCCUUCCCAACAUAGAAACAUUAUUACUCCUAUUAUUAUCUUCGCCGAUUGAGUCAAAGAAAAGAUUUAAGCUGUUAACCUCUUUGCCUGUUCAGGUGAUGAAACAAGGCUAUGCAAUAAUUGAAUCUUUAUAAUCAGUGAAAUCCAGGCAGUUGUUUUUGAAAAGAGUGUCUGCAAAAACUAUAGUUGAAGUCACACCUAAUGGCUAGGAUAAAACCUCAGGCUCUGCUACUCCAAAGCAAAAAGAAGAAGGGGCCUACUCGUAUCGGUGCCAGCACAAUAGUAUUAUGCAACUUAGUUGUUGCCUUGAUUGUAUUGUCCAUAAUGGCAACUUAUCGGCACUGGUAUAAGAGGUCAAUGGACCAAACAGAGGAUGGGAAGUCAACUUUUGAGGGCACUGACGUUCGCACGUUUGUAGAUUUGAAGAAGUAUGAUCUUCCUGGUUAUGCUAUUUUGAAUACAUCAAAAGGUUAUAUUACGAUAGAACUUUACAAGGAAAGCUCCCCUGAGAUUGUUGACAGAUUCCUUGACUUAUGCCAAAAAGGGUACUUCAAAGGGAUGCCUUUUAAUCAUGUGAUAAAAAACUAUGUGAUUCAAGGAGGCGAAUACCAGGGGCUUGGGGCUGCUGAAGAGUUGAUAUCACAUGCAAAGCUCCAUCUUCAACUCGGCACAAGUCCAAAACAUGAGGCAUUUAUGCUGGGAACUUCAAAAAUUAGGCUAGAUAGCAAAGGAUUUGAUCUUUUCAUUACAACUGCACCAAUACCAGAUAUGAACGAUAAACUUACAGUGUUUGGACGGGUCAUCAAGGGAGAAGAUGUGGUGCAGGAAAUUGAAGAGGUGGAUACUGAUGAACACUACCGGCCUAAAUCUUCUGUAGGAAUCAUCAAUGUUGCUCUGAAACGUGAAAUUUGAGUGCUAAGUCGAUCUAAUGUUAAGUACUUCUAAAUGGCGUGGUUCUCUCUUGACUAAUUUGCUUGCUGAUAUUUGUCACAAAGUUUGCUAUUUUGCAUAAUUUUUCAUUCAAUUUUUUCAUAAUCCCCAUGCUGCUAGGUUCUUUAUGCUUUUUUUGUGCAUUGAGUAUUGUUUUUUUCUCUCUUUGGAAGCAGCGGCAAUUUUUUUUAUUGGGGUAUAUGUAACAUAAAGGUUGAUAGGAGUUCGUGAAGUAAUAGUAUUUGGUUAAAUUUCAUAUGCUUGGUAGAAAAUUCUUUGCCUUUUAA